AUGGUGGAGCAAGAGGAAAGGAAAAAAAUCCCUUUGGUUCCAGAAAAUCUACUGAAAAAGAGGAAGGCUUACCAAGCCCUCAAAGCCACCCAAGCAAAGCAAGCACUUUUGGCAAAGAAAGAGCAGAGGAAAGGAAAAGGACCCAGGUUUAAGCUACUGGAAUCAUUUCUACAUGAUUCCUGGCAGCAGCAACGUGACAGGGUGCAUCUUAGGCGAGUAGAAGUGAAACCUCAUGCCUUGGAAUUGCCAGAUAAACAUUCCUUGGCCUUUGUUGUACGCAUCCAAAGGAUUAAUGGGGUGAGUUCACUGGUGCAAAAGACCAUCACAAGACUUCGCCUAAAGAAAAUUUUCAGUGGCGUCUUUGUUAAAGUCACCCCGCAGAGCCUAAAAUUGCUGCGUAUGGUGGAACCUUAUGUGACCUGGGGAUUUCCAAAUCUGAAGUCCGUCGGUGAACUCAUCUUGAAACGUGGACAAGCCAAGGUCAAGAAUAAGACCAUCCCUCUGACAGAUAACAUAGUGAUCGAAGAGCACCUGGGGAAGUUUGGUGUCAUUUGCUUGGAAGACCUCAUUCAUGAAAUUGCCUUCCCGGGGAAGCAUUUCCAGGAGAUCUCAUGGUUCUUGCGUCCUUUCCAACUAUCAGUGGCCCAUCAUGCUACCAAGAAUAAAGUGGGCUUCCUCAAGGAGAUGGGCUCACCUGGCUAUCGAGGUGAACGCAUCAAUCAGCUCAUCCGCCAGCUGAACUAGACCCAGAAUAUCUGAAAGCACAGUG